UCGUUUCAAUUUGAAGCUUUUUUUUGUCCCUUUUUUUAGGGGAAAGUAGUUGGUUGAAUUGUAAUCGUGUUUUAUGUUACUCCAUUGUUGUAAUUGACUGCAAAUCGCUUUGAUUUUAAACGUGUUUUUCCUCUGAAUUUCGAAUACGUCGUCGAUUCUUGAUCGGUUCUGUUUACAGGAUUGAGGGAAUUUUAUGGGGUUCCGAAAAAUUUGAACUUUAUUGUUUAUCUGAUCUGAAUUUUACUGUGUUUGUAGUUGAAAAAGGGUUUUAGAUAGGUGAGUUGUUUUAGGCGAGAAAAAAGCGAAGAAGAGCUGAUUUUAUGUCGGCAAGUUCAUUGGCUGAGAUUGGGGCUCCGUUGAAGCUCUGGAUUACUUUUGCUUUGUUAAUCUGGUGCUAUUCUCCUCUCUGCUGUUUCAGUCAGCAGAGGUUUCACUUACGUUUGCCAACAGUUUCGAUGCGUUUGAGGCCAAAACGGACUUGUUCUGGAGUGGAGUGUUUUGGUGCUUUUCACAUACAGGGGUUUUCCAGUCUUUUCUUGUUCUUGAGACGGCCUGUUUACAUUAUCACAGGCCAAUCUUUUCAUUAGGGUUUCGAUAGAUAUUUUUUUGGUUUUCUUUUUCUUUCUUUUUUUAGUUUUUUUGGUGGGGGUUUGAGAAAAUGCCAGACGGCCGGAAGCAAUUACCGGUGAAUAGGGAGAAUCUUUGCAACAAGAAACCCAAGAGGAGGGGGAAGGUAAUCGAACAAAUCGAUCCGAUGAGAACCAUUCGGAUCAUAUGUCAUGAUCCGGAUUUGACUGAUUCGUCUGAUGAUGAUGAUGAGCCCACAGGGAAACCGUAUGGGCGUAAGGCGAUUGUUCGGGAAAUCAAGAUUCCCGUGGUGGGUGCUGAUUGUGUUGCCGAAGAAAAGACUCUUGGGACUGAGGAUUCUUGUCAAGAUAGCAACCAUGGGGAGAAGAAUUUAGUGAAAAGGAAAAGGGUUUUGACUAAAUCCCCAAGUCAACCCCAAUUGUCGUCUGGUUUGAAAUACAGAGGUGUCCGGCAACGGAAGUGGGGCAAAUGGGCGGCGGAGAUUCGUGAUCCGUUCAAAGGGAGGCGGGUUUGGCUAGGAACUUACAAUACUGCAGAGGAAGCUUCUAGAGCUUAUGAAAUCAAGAAGCUUGAGUUUGAAACAAUGGCUGGAGCUUUAAAGAGUUGUUCUAACAAUCUCAAGAUCCAAAACAACAACAAAGACAACAAUUCUUCUUCAUUGGUUAUCGUUUCUGAUCAUGAAAAACAAGCCGUUUCUGAAGAAUCUGUGGGUGUAAUCGCACACACAUCGCCAUCUUCGGUUCUCGAAAUGGAAUCAUCCUCCAUAACCAAAAUCUUCAUCAGCGAUGACAAAAAGAUGGAUGCUUGUGCUUCUGUCAUUGACGAAGAUUCGAUUGAUCUGUUGCCUAAUGUGGGGUUUGGUGAACUAGACGAUGAAGCUUUGACAUUGGCUGAAAUCGGCAACGAUUUGGACCUGGGGUUGGAUGUGGGUGCACCGUUUCUUGAUGACUUUGUUGCACCGUUGGAAGGGUUUGGCAAUCUUGAUGAUUUUCAGCUCUGCGGAUUUGACGAUAAAGACGCGGGCGAGUUGCCAGAUUGGGAUUUUGGAGAGCUGAACAAUGAAGAACUUGCCUGGAUCAACACAUUGAAGAUGGAUGAACCAGCAGAGCUGUGCAGCUUAAGUAGUAAUUAGUAGAAUCAGAAAGUUUUUGGUAACAUGAAAAUGGUUGGUUUUUAUAAAAAGAUGAUAUAUUUAUUUGUUUGUUGAGAGAGAGAGAGAGAGAGAGGGAUUUGGAUUCAAAUGUUGAGUUAGAGAAUAAGAUGAGGGGAGUCUUUUGGGUUUUGUUGAGGCUUAAUUAGGUUUUGAUUAGUGAUGUAGUUGUCUUAAUAGAUAAGGUGCAAGUUAUGGAUGGUAGGUCUUUCUUAAUACAAUGGAAUCCCAACCAUCUU